UGGUGGAACCGGACUUUAAAAUUUUAUUUUGCAAUCAUGUGCUAAGAAAAUGCAAGUAACGCAUUUCCAGAACUGCCACAAAGACGUAGCUGCUACUUGCUUUGUUUCAAGAGAACUAGAGUAACUGUUGGCUUACCAUUGUGAUUUUGCGGAGGAUUAACUAACGUUAGCUAGCUUGCUACUUAUCGAUAGCUUAAUUAGCUUUUUGGCUAGCUGCCUGCGUUUGUUUUGAGGAACUGAACUGGGAACCAGGUACAUGUGACAUGACCCAUAUGGCCUAGAAAAGGAGGCAGACUGCACUGAGCUACUGAAGUCUUCCGCCGUCGGCCCUGCGUUGGCUCCCAGUCGGCUCCGCGCAGGCCUAGCGCUAUGGAUCCCCUGGGAGCUCGUUCGCAGAUCGUGGACGUCCAGACUCUGCCCAGCUGGGACCAGCCUUACGAGGGGGGCAAGGAGGGGGAGGCGCGCCCCGGCGGCAAAACUGGCGAUCUGACCGAUGGUCAGAACUGCCUGCAGGGAGCAGUCACCUCGCCCUUCCCCUUCAGAGAUGACAUCAACAGGAAGAUUGUGCUUUUCACUGGAGACGUGGCACUGUUGAACUGCACGGCGAUCGUCAACACCAGCAACGAGAUGCUGUCGGACAAGAACCCCAUCUCAGACAGCAUCCACAGGCACGCCGGGCCCGAGCUCAGAGAUGAGCUGCCCAAGCUGAAAGGCUGCCGCACAGGGGAGGCUAAGAUGACCAAAGGCUUCAGCCUCGCGGCUCGCUUCAUCAUCCACACGGUGGGACCCAAGUACAAGGCCAAGUACAGGACGGCUGCCGAGAGCUCUCUGCACAGCUGCUACAGGAACGUCAUGCAGAUCGCCAAGGAGCAGGCCAUGGCAUCGGUGGGAUUCUGUGUGGUCAGUACAGCCAAGAGAGGCUACCCGCUGGAGGAUGCUACUCACAUAGCACUCAGGACUGUGCGCAGGUUUCUGGAGAACCACGGAGAGAGUAUAGAAAUGGUGGUGUUUGCUGUGACAGAGGUGGAGGAGCCUGUGUACAGGAAGCUGCUCCCCCUCUAUUACCCGCGCUCGGAGGAAGAGGAGCACGCCAGCCUGCCUCUUCUCCCGGGCGACAUCGGGAACGCCGAGGGCGAGCCUGUGGUCCCCGAGCGACAGAUCCGAAUCACGGAAAAGCCAGGCACCCUGGAAGAGGACUCUGAGGACGACUGCCUGGAUUUGGACCUGGGUUUGGUGGGCACGCACGCGUUCGCCCGGAUGGAGGGUGACGUAGACAAACAGCGACGGCUCGUUCUGCAGGGCCAGAUGUCCGAGGCGUCCUUACAGAAACAACACCAGAGAAACUACAGCCGCUGGCUGUGCCGGGCGAGGGCGGAGGACCUGUCUGACGUAGCGGCGCUUAAAGCACUGUAUCAGACCGGAGUGGACAUCUGCGGGCGGACGGUCAUGGUGCUGGUUGGGAGGAACAUCCCCGUGUCCCUGAUAGACAUGGAGAAGGCUCUACUCUACUUCAUUCACGUAAUGGAUCACAUUGCGGUCAAGGAGUAUGUGAUGGUGUAUUUCCACACGUUGACCGGAGAGCACAACCACCUGGACUCGGACUUCCUCAAGAAGGUCUAUGACAUCGUUGACCCAAAGUUUAAGAAGAAUCUAAGAGCAUUCUACUUUGUACACCCCACAUUCCGUUCCAAGGUGUCAACGUGGUUCUUCAGCACCUUCAGUGUGUCUGGCCUGAAGGAGAAGAUCCAUCACGUGGAGACCCUGCAGCAGCUCUUUACCUGCAUCGUCCCUGAGCAGAUCGACAUCCCACCUUUUGUCCUGGAGUAUGACGCGAGAAUGAACGGUCCGUACCGCCCGGCCCACUCCUCAGGCCUAUGAAGAAGCAUGGCAUACGACCCCAGGACCGGGUCGCACACUGGUUGUGAUUGGGUCUUCAGUUGCCCAAUGACGGCGCAGACGUUCAGUGCCCGAAAGUAUGCUUUAGACUGUAGCCAAGCUACAGCCAGAUGUACAGUACAAGUAGCUGCUGCAGGUAUUACCCUGGCCCUGAAUCUACUUCCUCUGUCACCAGCAAGCCUGCAAGAACCUGUCUGCUGUCUACAGGGUCUGUACGGGGAAUCUGCCUUUAUUUUACUGCCUGAGUACAAUCGGCGUGUAUGGAGCCAUAGAACCUUCCCUGGAAUCUCGUGCCGGAACAUUUCGAGGCUGCGCCACAGCUGUGUCUUAAAGCUCCCAGACUAUGCCCGUCUCUGUGAAGGUGCCAGUCUUGGUGUGGGUACGUUGUGAGUGUGGCUGUUUCUGCCAUCCGCUGGUCCCUUUGUGCCGGAAGCCAUUACUCUGCACGUCCAGGAGCCGUCUGUCGCGGCAGACGUCUCGCUCGCCUGUCGAGCGUUACUUGAGCCGCUGGUGUAUGCAGUGCCCCCCCCCCCCCCCCCCUUUUUGAGAUUCCCACGCACGUGUUCCGGAUGUCAGUCAUCUUUGCAAAUAUUCCACGAGUUGGGCAUUUCUAAAUAGGUGAUGCUACAUGUCUGUCCUUAAACCUCACCCCUUACCUGUGCAAGUAAACGAUUGAAGCUCUCUGUGUGUUUUGAGUUGAUUUUGUGUUGCCUUCACAGACUGUAAUCUUGCCAUUAAAGGUGGAAGAGUUGUGCAGAAUAUUUUUUGGGCGUGUAAUGUUGGAACCAUUGCUCAUCCCUCAGGUGAACCCUUGUUCUCACGGGACGGUUCUGAGGUCCUGGAGGUCCUUUGUUGUGCCGUACCUGCAAGGAAACAGACUAUAAACAUGCAAAACAGGGCAGUUUAGGGCCUAGUGCCACAGUACUGCCAGGCAUGCACACAUGCACACAGACGCACACACAUGCACAUGCAUGCACGCACACGCACACGCACACACAUGCAUGCACGCACACGCACACACAGCACCAGUAGCAGUAAUCAACGUACACUUCUGGAUUUUAUCACAGGCCUCGUAUCUAGGGCUUUGUGACAUUUCCUUUGAAUUCACUGGCUGAUCACUGUCACUGAAGAGGAUGUGCUGUUAGCAUGCCCUUAUUUGUGUUUGUAUUGUUUGGGUAUAAUCUAUUGUGCACAAGGUCACAGAUGUAGCUGUGCGCUUUUCCCUCACAAGUUGGUUGGUAUGUAUGUAUGUGUGUGUGUGUGUGUGUGUGUGUGUGUGUGUGUGAGUGAGUGAGAGAGAGGGGGGAUCUGCACAUGUGGCACUGUCCAGCCAAAGUCCACAGGUCCAGUUAUCUUUGUAAAUGUGCUUAAUGCUAUCACUGUUGUACUGUGGGUGGGUGGGUGGCACAGCACACAAAGUGUUUCUGACAUUUAAGUUGUAUAACAUUUUCAUGAGCACACUGCAUUACAGCACUGACAAGCAGUCACCCAGAAUAUAUAGCCAGUUAUGACAUGUAACACAGAGUAAAAUUGGUGUGUUCCUCUAUGGGUUAUGAAUUAUUCUGUACAUGUUAACGGAAUAGCUCGUGUAUGUUGAAAGUAUUUAUUUUUAUUUUUUUUGGCGUCAGCUUGAUCACACUCAUUAAUCAUCCAUUAAUCAUCACUCACCUUCACAAUAAUUUGAAAUCGGAAUUUGCACGUUGUUAAAUUUAGCUUUUGCUCUUUUGUUUUGGCUUUUCGGCAAAGUCAAAAAAAAAAAAAAAAACAUUUGUAGAUUAUUACUUGUCUGGUCUGUUUUUUUAAUGGUUAUUUAUUGGUAUUUAUGUUUUAUAAUGAAUAAAAAUGAAAGGUGUUAUGGUGCUGGGACUGACACAGUUGUCCAUGAGCUUUUCUGUGAAUGCUCGGAGGGUUGUUCGUGGCACAGGAGUGAAUUCAAAGAGAUCAAUGGUACGUAAUGUAAGUGCUGACAAACUGGUUUUCUGUUUUUAAUAUUAAGCGUUGUAUUCAAAAUGGAAAAACAUGUUUUAUAUGGAUAUCUUAUAUAUAAAGUAUCUUAUAUGGGCUCCCUCCGUUCAAAUGGGUGUUCACUUGGUGUUCAUUUCAUUUCAGUGGUGUGUCUUAUAUCUGAGGUAUAUGCUGAAUUACAGUAGUUCUACUGAUUUACUGAAACUGAGCGGGUUUUUCAUAUUUUAAGUGUGUGAUUGUGAUUGUGCAGACUCGUCCAGGCUUUCAUUUUGUUCUGCCCGUUGCACCCCCACCCCCAGCCCAACCCCAACACCAAGCCCCCCAUAAUAAAUGUGCAUAGUCUGUUGCAUUAAAUUAGAGCACACAAUUGCAGUGCUGUUGUAGAAGACUCUUUUUAAACACAUGCCCCGUGUCAUUUUUUCCUCUGAGAAUUGUAUAAUUAUUCGAGUUCCCUGCUGCAUCGGGUGUAGCUCUUUCUCUGAAGCUACUCCAAAACAGGGCAACUUCACAUUCCACUUCAGAUCACGACGCAUCAAAAAGAAAAAUGGAGGCUUCAAAAUCCAAAACUGGAAUCCUUGAGCCAGUUGUUUUUAGUGUACGUGUUCAUACAGAUCACGCUGAUCAAUAUUAUUGUAGCCAGAAUUAAUCGUAGCCUGUAUGUUUCUGGUAUCCAGUGUUUAUUUUGUCUUUACUGUUUCUGUCUGAUAACCCUUUCCUUGCCUGAGAUAUCAUGCAUCUCAGGGGACAGAAGACCCUUGUAAAUGGAGUUUGCUCAGAAGAAUUUGCUGUACUCUGAGUCGGAGGUUCCCAGUCCUGUUCCUGGAGGUCUGAUUUCCUGUAUCUUUUCACUCUGAUUCCAACAAAACCAUACCAUAAACAGCUAGAGAUCUCACUGAGCUGCUAAGUAAUAGAAUGAGGUGUGCCAAAUUAGGGUUGAAAUGAAAACCUAUGGGUCGGUAGAUCUGCAGGAGGAGGGUUGGAAAGCCCUCCUCUAAAUGCUUGUUUAUCUAAUCUGUGGUAUAUUUCUAUUUCACGAGAGGCUGUACUCAAGGCAUUUUUGUGUAAAUGAAAUUCACGAUCAGAGAUUUGGUGGUUUUUUUCUGUGUCCCAUACAGAAGAGUUGAAAGACAUUUUCUGAAAUAAAAACUUUUUCAUGUAUAAAAUGUGAAAAUAAAGAUUUUUUUUAUUUAUUAAACCAU